AAGAAGAGGCAGACGAUCUGCCUCCCAUUUUAUGACCACCAGCACCAGCAGAAAACUCAUAAAGUUGAUGUCCUUCCCUUUUCAGUUUUCACUCAAUCCCUCCUCCCUUGGUUCCAUGUCUCCGAGUCCGAGUCGCUCUUCCAAUUGAAUAAAUCGGCGACCCAAUUCGGAUUCGACCCGGAAAACCAGAACCAACCCAACCCAACCACCGAGUCAAUUUUCAAUUUGUGAGGGAGGAGGGCAGCCAUGGCAUACAGGACUGACGAUGACUACGACUAUCUGUUCAAGGUGGUGCUGAUUGGCGACUCCGGCGUCGGAAAAUCGAACCUUUUGUCGAGAUUCACGCGCAACGAGUUCAGCCUCGAGUCGAAGUCGACGAUCGGCGUCGAGUUCGCCACUCGGAGUAUCCACGUUGAUGAGAAGAUCGUCAAGGCCCAGAUUUGGGACACCGCUGGCCAAGAAAGGUACCGUGCAAUUACAAGUGCAUACUACCGAGGAGCUGUUGGUGCUUUGCUUGUCUAUGACGCCACCCGGCAUGUGACAUUUGAGAAUGUUGAAAGAUGGUUGAAGGAGCUACGGGAUCACACAGACUCCAAUAUCGUGAUAAUGCUAGUGGGCAACAAGGCUGAUCUGCGUCACCUUCGUGCUGUCUCUGUUGAGGAUGCCAAGGCCUUCGCUGAGAGGGAAAACACCUUCUUUAUGGAAACAUCAGCACUCGAGUCUAUGAACGUUGAAAAUGCGUUCACUGAAGUCCUAACACAAAUAUACCAUGUAGUCAGCCGGAAAGCACUAGAGGUAGGAGAUGAUCCUGCAGCAUUGCCCAAGGGACAGACCAUAAAUGUCGGAAACAAGGAUGACGUUUCUGCUGUUAAGAAAGCUGGUUGCUGUUCUGCCUAAUCGUGAGGGCGAUAGGUCAAGCUUAAGGGUGUCGUCUUCUCAUUUUGCUGCCCCUAAAGUUUCAGGAUUUGUACCUGUCAACUCAUGGAGUUUGUCAUGAACUUUUUACUGUAUGGUAUUGCCUGAGUUUUUUAGGGUUGGCUUAUAGUUUUGGAGUCAAAAGAAAUGUCACAGCUUCCGUCUUAUGUCAAUUUUUUGAUUAAUUUACCUACGGCCCUCUCGCAAAAUCUCGUGCUUCAUCUUUUGUUGGUACUUUUGUUUGUUCUAGUUUAGGUACAGUAUCUGGAUAAUUUUUUUUGUAUCGGAUGGAUGCUUAGUUAAAUGUAUGAAGAAUUUAGCGUUCCUUUUAUGGCUCAA